AUGGCGCCGGCGCGCGGGCGGCGCGGGGCGCGGCGCGGCGGCACGGGCGCGCGCGCCGCCCCAGCCCCUUGUAUGCGGCGGCGCGCGCGCUAUUCGAGGGCAGCCCCCCGGCCGGCGCCCUCGCCCGUCGCCGCGCCCCCGCGCCCGCCCGCCCGCGCCCCCGCCCGCGCCCCGCCGCCCCCGCGGUAUACCUCCGUGCCGGUGUGUGAGACGCUCGUCGUCUUUUUGACCCUCCGCUUCCGCACGCUCCGGACCACCCGCCCUCAACAUGUGCGACACGACGUAAGCGCGCUGGUCGUGGACAACGCGGCUCCGCAUGUGAAAAGGCCGAGCUUCGCCGUGGCGACGACGCUGCCCCGGCGCAGUCUUCCCGUCCAUCGUGGGCCGCCCCCGUCACCAGGGCGUCAUUGGUGGGCAUGCGGGGCAGAAGGACAGCUUACGUCGGCGACGAGGCCCAGUCCAAGCGAGGAUAUCCCUCACCUUGAAAUUACCCCCAUCGAACACCGGCAUUCAUCACCAAACUGGGACGACAUGCGAGAAGAAUCUUGGCACCCACACCUUCUACAACGAGCUGCGCGUCGCCCCCAGAGGAGCACCCCAAUCCUGCUCACCGAGGCGCCCCUCAACCCAAGGCCAACCGCGAGAAGAUGA